AAUAAUGUUAUGGCAGUUGUAUCACAUAAGAACGUAAAUCUUAUGACGUAUUAUUAUGAAUAAAACGUCUUAAUCAAUAGUUUGCUAAUUUGUUUCAACAAUUUGGCUUUUAUAUUAUUCCUAAUCUAAACCUGUAACAUACUAAAACAGUUCAACGUCAACAUUGGAAAAUGGUUACAGAACAUGAUCAUUUAAGUGAAAAAGAUAACAAUGAUAAUAUCGAAGAUCCUGCUUGUUUAGAGUCUAAGCCAGUCAAAAUUUCGUUUGAAGAUAUAACAUCAGCAGCCUAUAAAAUUAAGAAUGGAAUAGUUAAAUCUUCAUGUGCCAAAUCACAUUUAUCCAAGUUAGUUAACAUGGAGCUUUAUUUAAAGAAAGACUUUGUCCAAGUUACUGGAAGUUUUAAAGAACGAGGAGCUUGUUAUGCUCUCAUGAUGUUAUCGGAAGAAGACAAGAGAAAAGGAGUGAUUUCGGCUUCUCUCGGAAAUCAUGCGCAAGCUUUAAGUUAUCACGGAAAACGUCUAAAUAUUCCGGUUACUGUAGUGAUGCCAACAGCAGCGCCAAUCAUGAAAAUUGAAGCUUGUCGAAAUUUUGGCGCUAAUGUCAUUGUACAAGGCUUAAAUAUGAAGGAAUCCAAACAAAUAGCUCUCAAAAUGUCAAAUGAGAAGAAUAUUAUCUAUAUUAAUGGAUAUGAUCAUCCAAAUAUAAUGGCUGGUCAAGGAACGGUUGGAUUAGAAAUACUAGAAGAUGUUCCAGAUGCUGACGCGAUUGUGGUACCCGUUGGAGGUGGAGGAUUGCUAGCAGGUGUUUCAUUAGCAGUAAAAACUUUAAACAAAAAUUGCCAGAUUAUUGGAGUAGAAUCCGAUCGUUUUCCUAGUUUUUCCAAAGCUCUUGAACAUGGAAAGCCCGUACCUAUUGAAGGCAAAUCAACGUUAGCAGACGGUUUGGCGGUACCCAUGGUGGGGUACAACGCUUUUGUUACCGCUGCUCCUUUAGUCGAUAAAAUGAUUGUUGUCACUGAAGAAUGGAUAUCUAUAGCAAUAUUACGAUUAGUAGAAUCAGAGAAAUGUGUUGUAGAAGGUGCGGGUGCUAUCGGUUUAGCAGCAGCAUUGUCUGGUCAGAUGGAAGAACUUGCUGGAAAAAAAGUCGUUUUAUUGCUUUGUGGUGGAAACAUUGAUACUUCUAUAUUGGGUAGAUGUUUAGAUAGAGGGUUAGCUAUUGAUGGUCGAUUGGUCAAGUUCCAUGCAACUUUGAGUGAUCGACCAGGAGGUAUUGCUGAACUUUGUAGAAUAUUAGCUACUAUCGGAGUGUGUGUUAAAGAUAUUAUUCAUGAACGAGCAUGGUUGUCAGAUGAUGUGUUCAGUGUCAGAGUUAAAGUUGUGUGUGAAACUAGAGAUUUAAAACAUGCCCAUUUACUGCAAGAAGUUAUUAAAAAAAAUUACACUUCUUCCAUUUUUGGAGAAAUACCAUUACCUAAAGUGUUAUAAUAGAAUUUUAACAAACUUAGGUUUUUGUGACUUAACAUUUAUUUUAAUUUAAUUUUUCAUGAAGUACAAUAAUUUAGUUGAAUAAACUCAAUACACAAACACAUACACACUUAGAUAAUUUUAUUUAAUAAUUCUUAAAAUAAUAAAACAUUGUCAAAUUUAUAUUAUUUUCUAAUUUAUCAAACGUAGUAAUAUUUAAGAACAAUUACAAGCAAGAUAAUAAUAAAACUAA